UUUUUUUCAAAGAUGGCGGGUUUAAGAAUUUCUAGGGUUUUGUGACGAACCGAUUAGUCCCAAAUCUCGAUGGAAAUGCCCGGUAGGAGAUCCAACUACACGCUUCUGAGCCAAGUUCCCGACGACCAAGCGGCGGCGUUUUAUGAGACGGAGAGCAAGAACAACAAGGGGAAAGGCGACAGAGGGUUCGAUUGGGAAACCGGAGCCGAUUUCCGGGCGAAUCAACAACCGAAUCGGGCCGGGAACCCGUACUCGUCAGCCGGGUUGCAGAGGCAGUCGAGCGGCAGCAGCUUUGCCGAGAGCUCGAUUUCCGGCGAGUACUACCCUCCGACCCUAUCCACCGCCGCGGUCAGUGAGAUCGACGGGUUCGGGUACGUGCCGGACGAUGUGUUCAAGGUUAGUGGUGGAGGGGGUGAAUUUCGAAUGAAAGGUGUGGAUGGAGCUGUUACGGCCACUGGUGGCGGCGGCGGUUCUUCUUCAGGGAAGAGCUGGGCUCAGCAGACUGAGGAGAGUUAUCAGCUGCAGCUGGCUUUGGCUCUUCGGCUUUCAUCGGAGGCUACAUGCGCCGAUGAUCCUAACUUCUUGGAUCCAGUGCCGGAUGAAUCGGCGUCCAGGACGUCCGGCUCUGUUGAUGCCGUUUCGCAUCGGUUUUGGGUGAAUGGCUGUCUGUCAUACUUUGACAAAGUGCCUGAUGGAUUUUACCUAAUUCAUGGGAUAGAUCAGUAUGUAUGGACUGUGUGCACUGAUCUGCAAGAAAAUGGUCGUAUACCAUCAAUUGAAUCAUUAAGGUCUGUUGAUCCUGGCAUUGGUUCAAGCAUUGAAGUGGUUUUAAUUGAUCGACGUAGUGAUCCCAGUCUAAAGGAGCUCCAAAAUAGGGUUUUAACCAUUUCCUGUACUUGCAUAAAUACAAAAGAGAUUGUAGAUCAUCUGGCAAAGCUUGUGUGCAGUCGCAUGGGGGGUUCAUCUUCCGUAGGAGAGGAUGAAAUUUUGUUGAAAUUUUCCAUAUGGAGGGAGAGCAGCGAUGAUCUGAAAGAUUGCUUAGGAUCUGUAGUUGUUCCAAUAGGCAGCCUUUCUGUUGGCUUAUGUAGACAUCGUGCCUUAUUAUUCAAAGUUCUAGCUGACACAAUUGAUUUACCUUGUCGAAUUGCCAAAGGCUGUCAAUAUUGUACAAGGGAUGACGCCUCCUCUUGUCUUGUCCGGUUUGGGUUGGACAGGGAGUAUUUAGUCGAUUUGAUUGCAAAUCCAGGCUACUUGCGCGAGCCUGAUUCCUUGCUCAAUGGCCCAUCAUCCAUCUCAAUUUCUUCACCUCUGCGCUUUCCAAGACUAAAACCAGUUGAACCUACCAUUGAUUUCAGGUUACUGGCUAAACAGUAUUUCUCAGACUGUCAAUCGCUUAAUCUUGUGUUUGAUGAAGCUCCUGCAGGAAGUGCUGUUGAUGAGGACAAUAUACAUCCUAAAAAAUUUGAUAGGAAGAGUACAGAGGGAAAAAACCUAAUUUCAAAUCUCAGCGGUGACACCUCUGCACAUGCCAAAAUUCCCCGGACAAGUGGUGAUGAUAGAAAUCCCCAGUUGUUUAAUCCUCUUCAAAAUAUUUUGCACACACCACCCAUGGUAAAUGAUCCAAUCCCUCUAAAGUGUAUGCCACCUGUAGGGCAUAGAGAUGGUCCAAGGGUGGAUACAAUUACAGACUCAAGGUUUGUUGAGGGCGUUCAACUGGUUCCUAGUAAACCAAGUAGAGAGCUCGGGUUCGAUAUAGAGGAUUUGGACAUCCCAUGGAGUGAGCUCAUUAUAAAAGAGAGAAUCGGUGCAGGUUCUUUUGGAACUGUUCAUCGCGCUGAUUGGCAUGGCUCUGAUGUUGCUGUGAAGAUUCUAAUGGAACAAGAUUUUCAUGCCGAACGCUUUAAAGAAUUUUUGAGUGAGGUUACUAUAAUGAAGCGCCUGCGACAUCCAAAUAUUGUUCUCUUUAUGGGUGCAGUUACCAAGCCUCCAAACUUGUCCAUAGUCACGGAAUAUUUAUCAAGAGGUAGCUUGUAUAGGCUUUUGCAUAAAGCUGGUGCAAGGGAGGCAUUGGAUGAGAGGCGUCGCUUGAGUAUGGCAUAUGAUGUGGCAAAGGGAAUGAAUUAUCUUCAUAGACGCAAACCUCCCAUUGUUCAUCGUGAUUUAAAAUCUCCAAAUCUGUUGGUGGACAAAAAAUAUACAGUGAAGGUUUGCGACUUUGGUCUUUCCCGUUUGAAGGCAAACACCUUCCUCUCCUCAAAAUCAGCUGCCGGGACUCCUGAAUGGAUGGCACCAGAAGUCCUGCGUGAUGAACCAUCAAAUGAGAAGUCAGAUAUUUACAGUUUUGGUGUAAUAUUGUGGGAACUCGCAACAAUGCAACAGCCGUGGGGUAAUUUAAACCCAGCGCAGGUUGUCGCAGCUGUUGGGUUUAAAAACAAAAGGCUUGAGAUUCCACGUGAUUUGAAUCCUAAUGUGGCAGCUAUAAUUGAGGCUUGUUGGGCCAACGAACCCUGGAAACGACCUUCAUUUGCUAGUAUCAUGGAUUCUUUGACGCCGUUGAUCAAAGCUCCCGUCGCUCAACCUAGUCGUGCAGAUAUGCCAUUACUUACCUGAAUGGGAACGAGUCUUAUUCAUGCACAUAAUACAGCAUUCGUUAGAGAAUUGAUGUGUGGCGAGGAUGCAUGCUGUUCAUAGUCUCGGAUCUUGUUCUUAUGUCAAAGUUAACCGAUAAGAGAUGGGUAUCGGAAGGCGGGCAAGUAUUAGAGAGAUUUUCCGGUACGGUAACGCCGCCGAUGAUGACAAGCAGAGAAAUCGGCAGCAAAGUUUUUCUUCUGUAAUUUGCAUUCCGAACUAAUAAACAUAAUGCGAUGCGUUUUUAAUUCUUUUUUUUAGCUUUGAUUAGACUUAAAGCAGACCAAAAAAGUCUGCAAAUGGAAUCCACUUUGGUCAAUUUAUUAUUUAAAUGCAGGGUGUUACAUUAUUAUGUUCAAGCUUCCUUUGCUUUUGCUUGUUGAAUUAUGUGAUGUAUUCGUUGUACCUGACCAAA